UCUCAUAAUAUUAUUGUUCUUCAAAAUUUUCAGUAAGGAAACCAGUUUUGUUAGACAGUCGCCAUAAAAAUCAAAGCUUUUCUUGAAACAAUGGAGUUGAAUUUGUCAUCUAGUGUUACACACAACUUAACUGCUGCACAGGAGAGCUGUGGACAGUUGCUUGAAGGACUCACUCCUCGUGUGCAAUUGAGAGAGACUCGCUCAGCAUACUUUAUCAAUGUUAAUCUUUCAGGUUUCAGGAAAGAAGAUAUCAGGCUGGAGAUGGAUAAUACACGUACUCUGAUAAUACGUGGACAUAGAUAUUUGCAAGGAAUGGGGAAGGUGGAAUGGACAUGGCACCUGAUGGAAAGUGGGGGCCGAAGUUUCAGAAAGCCUUUCAGAAUUCCCCAAAAUGUUAAUGUGGGAGCCAUGACUGGUACUUUUCAUCAAGGAGUACUUCAUGUCCUCAUGCCCAAGUUCAGGUGGACCAGUAGAUUCACUCCCUACAAUAUCAAUCGCUCUGAUGCACAGGAUGAUCAGGCCUUGGAGGAAGCAGCGCAAGAAGAAGCCAAAGAAAAUGCUGGUGGCAGCCAUGGUGCUGAAAAGGUUGAAGGUUAUGUGGGGACUCAAAGCAGUGAAGAUAAAGAUGGGCAUGGUCAGAAGCCCCCUGAGAUUAGCAGAGUGGAAGAAAAAUCAAAUCUUAAUGAUACCCAUUUGCAGCAGGAGAGGAUUAAAGAGGUGGCUGCUGCUGCUGCUUCAACUCCUAAUGACAAGACUGAAGAGACAGUGCAGCAACAUCAGCCUGCAACAGCCCCUGAUCUUCACCAUCAUGAGAAGCCAUCAUUUUUGGAUUCAAAAGGUGAUUUUGUGGGCACUCAAAGCAAUGAAGAAAAAGAUGGGCAUGAUCAGAAGCCCCCUGAGAUUAGCACAGUAAAAGGAAAAUCCAAUCUUGAUGAUAACCAUUUGCAGCAGGAGGGGAUUGAUGAGGUGGGUACUGCUGUUUCAAAGUCUUGUGACAAUACAGAAGAGCCAGUGCAGCAACAUCAGCCUGAAACAGCAUCUGAUCUUCAUCAUCAUGAAAAGCCAUCAUGUUUGGAUUCAAAAGGUGAGGCAGGUGAGGAAGUUGCAGAAAAUGUUGUAGAAGACAUGGGCAUUCUGACAGACCAUAAAGAGAAAGAUGAACAGAAGGAUGCCUUGAAUGUUCUAGCAGAAGAAGUGAUUGCUCAGCUUGAAAUAGCAUGCCCACUAAAUUCAGAAGCAGAGAAAGAUUCUGAUGAUGCCAAGCCAGAGCCAGAAACAGUGAUUUCUUCUAAUGGAAUUGAUGAUUACAGUGGCAUUAUUUCUGAUUGGAAUUAUGGUGAGACAUUUUGGUCAAGGAGAAAGAUAGUGGUAGCUCUGUUGGUGUCCUCUGUUGCUGCCAUUGCAGCUUUCAAAUUGAUGCGCCGAUAAGCUUCAGCUUUCCAAAGUGGCAAAGAAAUUGAUUAAAAAUGGCCGAGCAUAUUCUGUCAACAAUCAGGUGGACUGUGCACACAUCAUAACCCCAAAUGAAGAAAGGGGAAAAAGCAUCGUCCACCUUCGACAAGCCGCAAGGCAAUUUAUUCUUUUGUACAUACAAUUUAUUAUUAAAAUAGGUAGCAUUCGAUGUAAUGUAUGAAAAAAUUCUCAUUCGUUUUUUCCUAUUUAGUCCAAUAGUCUCCUCUCUUGUAAGUUUACGUAUCUCGUGUGUGUGCAUAUAUAUAAAAUUCUCUUCUUUAAAAUUCAAGGUCUAUAAAUUA